AUGUCGACGACCCAUGGCGCGAUGAAGCAUCAAGUGCUGCAGACUGCUACCAAGACCAAGCUGCGCGAGCUCAACGCCCACGAGCAGCGCCUGCGGACGCACUACGCGGCGCUGCUGGCAGCGGCGAACCACGCCGAGGCACCAAUGCGCGUUCAGCUCGAGACGCUCUACGCGGGUGUCAAGGACUUGCAAGUCGUGCAGACGCCGUUGCAUCCAGGACUUGAAGAUUUGGGCGCGCUCACCGACUUUGCCAAGAUCGACGUCUGGACGACGGCGCAGGCGGUGGCCCAACACCGAUCGUCGCUGCUCAAGGAGAUCGACCAACGCCAGUCGCUCUGGCGACACAACAAGCUGCUCGGCGCGCUUUUGCACGAGUCGUUGACCGAAGAGCUGGCGCCCGUCGAUGCCGAGUGGGAAGCCGUGGGUGACGCGACCAGCAGCGGCGUCGGCGAGCUCACGGUAGCCGAGACACAAGCGCAGCUCGAACAAUACUUCUUCGCACCAGCCCCCGGUGUGACCGAAGAGGCUGUCUUCGACUACCUCGAAUCGACCGUCUUUGCCGAACGGCCCGAGUACGGCCGUGAAAAGUGGGCCCGUGUCCGAGAUGCGCUGAGCUGCGUGCGCGCCGAGCUCAGCGAGUUCUCCGAGUCAUUCCGUUUGCGCGCCAAGGUCUCGAGCGACGACGUCGUCAAAGCGGCGACGCUCCUGCUGCGGGACGCGGCGACCUUGGCCGACGACGUGGCCGACUUUUUGCGCGACCAACCUGACCGAGUUUAG